UACGGAUAUGACGUGUAAUCAUGUAUGGUUUUUAAAGCUAUAUGAAAGUCCCAUCGAUUCAAAGGACUUAAAUCAAUUUGAGCAGAAUCGUGUGGAGGUUGAAUUUGGAGCUGCUAUAUCACAUAUCCUAAGGUGUGGGGUCCAUGCUGAAUGCAUCUGUCCUUUUGUUCAAGAUCUCUCCACCGACACUCUCCCACCUACUUCAACUUCAAUACCUGCCUUUACCAUUUGUUCUAUUUCAAACUCUUGUUUGGAGCUUUCAAAUUCGAAUUCAAUGGAAACAACAUAUACUGAUUCUGACUCACCUUUAAAGGGCUCUCAUGAUGAUGAAUGUGAUACGAGUUUGUCACUGUGUACUUCUCCCAUGGGAAGAAAUUAUCCGCCUCCUCAGCCUCAAGUCACUGUCACUGAUGACACUAGCCACAUCUCUUUGCCAAAAUUACGCUUGGGUCUGCCAGGUUUGGGAAUUGGCUCAAAUGUUAGUGAGGGGUUUCAUUUGGGUUCUUCUUCAAUGGCCCAUAACUUUGUCAGUGAUGAUGAUUCUGACUUCAAUUUGUAUUCUCCAUCGAAGAAAAUGAGAAAAUCUUGAUCGAACUUGGAAGAAGAAAUAUGCCUCCAUCUGAAAAAGAAACUUGAAACAAUUUUCUUCUUCAUAGUUCCCAUUCCAUUUCUUUAGCAUUUGAUGCCAAGGUAUAUCUCUUUUUUUUAGUUGCAUUGUUUCAUUUGCAUCUUUGGAUGCUCAUUCAUUGGAUUGGGUACCGACAUAUUUCAAUUUUUCGAUAAAUUAUGAAAACAAGCAGUUACGUGUUCAUCGCAUAAUCUCUCUCUCUCUGAUAAUGAAGCUACUCAUACUUCUUGAUUUUU